GAAAGUGGAUAAUACUCUGCGCCGAAUUGCAAAGUCGGUAUAAAUAGGGCGAACAUAGCCUUGGUGACAGCAUCGUUCCCGCCGUCACAGUCGUCGUCCUCAAUCGCCCACCUUCGUUAUCCUGGACGACGAGCAGCAUUCUCGUUAAAUAUUCGUCUUUGAAGUAAAUAACGCUCGGCCUGGGCGUCACAACAGGUGAACACGGGCGACAUGGCAAACACGCAGUUGUUGAGUACUUCCAAUAAUCCAGUCAGCAAGCAUACCCCAUCAAGACAGGCUGCCCAACCAUCCAAACAUAGAACCCGCCACAGAUCUCAUUCAGACCCCUUCUCUGACCCAGUUUACCCAUCAAAGCCUGUUCCUCGCCUUCCUCCAGAGCCCCCGCCUAAAUAUCCCCAAUACAACAGAAUGGCACCAUCUCCAACCAAACAUCUCCCACAUCGCGAUAAUACAAUCGUAGAGGCAGUUAGGGACACCGUUCAGGUCAGAGGUGACUCGCGCACAAGAAUGGGAAGAAGUCAAACUGCCCAGGGUACUGCCCCUGCACGUCCCACACACACCGGUCGUCGUUCGUUAUCACAGGACUCCGUCCUUCACACAGCGAAUGCUCUCGAUAAGGCCAAGGGCAAGGCACGAGGCAAGAAAGGCUCCAUGCAUGCAGACGUCAUAGACAGACUUGAUUUUACUGGCGUUGGUCCCAUGUUCCAUCAUGAUGGUCCAUUUGACGCUUGUGCUCCAUCUCGUAACCGCCAUCGAACCAAGGCCCCCAUGCUUGCCUGGAGCAGCGCAGGGGCAGACGUGGCGCUAUCUAAUGAAUCCCCCUACCCCCCACCUGAGGCUUACAAGGGUGCCUUUUCUCCUGCCUACCAGCCCCCAAAGAAGAAAGUCGAUGCUAUCGCAGAGGCUUGGGGUAUUCAUGAGCCAGAACCAUACGAGGAAUUUUUUGCAGGCGGAGGCACUGGCAGACGUGAUGGUGAUACUCCGUCUAAUUCAAUAUACGCCGGGAGGGAGGGGCACGGGUCACGGAACGGCACGCCGCGACACUCCCUUGGUAAGCGCUCCAAGGACGGGCGUGACCUUCGUGACGUCUAUAGAGAGUACCUCGACGACGACGUGAAGCAGAUGCAAGUCCGCGACCGGGAGCGUGGCGGUGAGAGAGAAGGAAGACGCACCAAGCGCGCUGGUAUCCCGCCUCCACAACCUAUUCUUGUGCCAGAAGCACAGAAUACCGAUUAUGAUAGCGCACCAGGGUCUCCGUCAGGAGUACCCAAACGCACCAAAUCAUUGAUGCAACGCAUUCGCAAGAUGCGUGACUCCCCAAACGUUCCCAUGGGUUUUGACGAGAGUAUCGAGCCUCCUUCUCCCACUCCGGAUACCCACCAGCCAUCGCGCCCCACACAUCGAUCACAGAAUUCGUUCCUUGGGCGCUUCAGCACCAACGGUGCUGGCCGUCCAUACCCUUCACCUCCUGCAGAUGAAGCAUAUGUAUACGUCGAUGAUCCGCGUAGGGAUAAGCGACUACCUGCCACUCCUUACGCUCCAGCGACCACCCGCACGCCAUCAGCCGAAGACAGACGUGGAUACUUUGACGGUGCGCCCAGUUCUCCGCCGCCGGGCGGCCUCGGGCGAAAAACUAGUUUAUUGAAGAAAGUGAAGGACGUGGUCAGGGGCCCGAAAUGAGCCUGGUCCUCGAUUCCUGGAUGUACCCAAGUAUAAUCUCUCAUUUGUCCGCUAGCCCCCACACGCACGUCUUGUUCAGACUACCCCUUUAGUUGUUGUUCUUUCUUGCACUUUUACAGCCAUGAUCGCUGCUCUGUUUCACUUAUUUCGUCCAAAGCUUGGACGAGAUAUUUCCAGGAAUCGUUUUUGUGUGUUUCCCCCCUUCGUCGACGAGGCUCCUGACCCCAUGCUUGUAUCCAUUACGGUGUUUGUAAUCUACACAUACUCGUGAGUCAUCGAGCACAAGUACUGUAUGUAGGUUUACGAACGAGACGGUUUAUCUACUGUGCAUUUUUCUACCAUACUUCCUGUUGUAAGAGUAUGCCGUGGCAGCCAAUACCCUGAGGCAAAUUUAUCAAGCGCUUUUCGAAGGCGCAUCUACCCAUGUUCCGAU